UUUUUUAAUUUUUAAAUUAUUAUUUUUUUAUUUUCAACAUGAGAGUGCAAGUGUGUAUUUUGGCGGUCUUAUGCUUCAUUUUCGGUGCUAUGGCGGCAAAUUUACCGCCAUACUUCACCGCAUGCUCAGCGUCGGACCCCAAACUGGACCAGUGCAUCGAGAAGGUGAUAGAAGCCGGGGGUCCUCAGUUCGCAGACGGCAUCCCAGAGCUGGGCAUCGCUCCUUUAGACCCUCUGCAACUGGGCAAAGUCGUCGUCAACAACCCAUCCUUAAAGCUGACGUUUACAGACACCGUCGUCACAGGAUUGAGAGGAUUUAAAGUCAACUCUUUCAAAAUGCAACCGUCUAAGGGCAAAGCGACAUUGGACUUCACAGCCAACGUGACCCUGAAAGCACAUUACGACAUCGACGGCCAGGUCAUCAUCCUGCCUAUUAGGGGGAAUGGUCCGGCCAAGAUUCGGAUCACUAACCUGAACAUCGUCAUCAAAUAUGACUUCGACACCCAAGAUGGCCACUGGGUGGUGACCAACUACAAGGACAACUAUAAGAUGGAUCGCGCUCAGUUCAAGUUCUCCAAUCUCUUCGGAGGAAACAAACAACUUGCGGAGACCACACACAGGUUCACCAACGAGAACUGGGAGAUCAUCAUGUCGGAGAUAGCCCCUGGAGCCAUCAAGGGCAUCAUCAAGAAUUGUGUGGAUGUGGUCAAGAAAUUCUUCAGCGCCAUACCGGCCGCCGAUCUCCUCAGCUCUUGAAUGGGGAUAUAAUUUUAACGGCAAUCAACGAGAAUUGGGAGCCAGUGAUCCGAGACAUCGCGCCGGUCGCCUUCGAACAAAUCAUCAAAUCCUGCGUCGAAGAGGUCAGCAAACUCUUCGCCUUCGUGCCUGCUAAGGAUCUAUUGCUACCUUAAUACAUAGGAAUAUAAUAUUGUAAUAACAUUAUUAUGUUGUGUAAAGCGAAAGUAACGCAAACUACACAGAAAAUUGCAAUGUUGUUCAAAGCAAACGUAAAGACAUAGAAAAGGCCUAAGAGAUUCCUUACUUCGUGUCAGAGGGCGGAGCGCGUACGACGCCAAUGAAGAAAAUUACGACCUCGCCCCAACUUUUCUGUCUAUUCCGUUCUAUAAAUUUGCUAGGAAACAUGGAAAAGUUAGUCCCUUCUUGUCUUAGGUCUUUUUUGUGUGGUUUGCACCGAAUGGUUUCCACAGUGGUGUCCCUUGAGCGCUGUGGUCUAGCUGGCGCUCGCGCAGCAUUGACACAAGGGCGCCAACUCUGUUAUGUUCAGCAUCUCCUGAACAAGGUUUUCAGAACGUCUUCAAGCAUAGUCGUAGUUAUAAUGGCAGGUUGGCAUUAUUUCUACGACUUUGUUUGAAUGACGUUAAUGUUGAAAGCCUUAAGGAAAUCACCGCAGGAUCAUCACAUAGAUAUAGUAUAGGUAUACACCGGAUUUGUAAUAUUUUGUAUCUUUUUCAGUGACUUAAAGACAUAAGACGUAAAUGCUUUAAAAAUAGAUAAAACUGGGCUAUCUAGCCAAUCUAUUGAAAACAUAUAAAAAUCUUUUCCGUUAGAAGACUGAGAAGAACUCGAAUCUUUUCUUCCAAUUGCGAAUAUACUUGAGCUCUGAAACUUUGCUAUAUUACUAGUAUGUAACAAUCAUGUUGCGUGCUCACCGACUUAAUUAAUAAUUUGCUAACUAUUAACGGUAUUUGAACGUUGCCUAAAUCAAGGAUCAUUGUACAUGACGACAUAUCCCUUUACGGUCGGCUGCACUUCCUAUGAUAAGUACAAAGAGUUUGCUUCAAGUAAUAAUUAUUUUGCAAGGACCUAGAGAACGCCCCUGGUAACUCCAUAUGUACAGUUAACAUCAAAGGUGCUACUUUCAAAAGUAAAUAAUGUAUUAUAAAUUGUACUGGAUUUUCAAAAAUACAGUACACCAUCAAAAGUUAAUUACAAAUCAAAUUUUAGUGACAUUUGCUAUGAAACGGUAUGUAUGGACUUUUGCAGGUGACUGUACAACUUUGUGAAUAAUUCGAAUUUAGGUUUGUUUUGCACAGAUUAUGUUUAAGUCAUGACUGCAGAAACGUACUACAGAUCUAAGUAGAUGUCAAGACAUAUACUUAACAUUUUACUAUUAUAUUUUUCAAAGUAAAAUGUAAAAUAUACUGAGCAUGAUGUAACAAAAGUAAUAUUUUUGUUAACUGCUAAUCAAUGCCUCUUAAUUAUUUGUUUCUUAUCUGUUUGAUAAAGGCCGCCGCAGGGGGCAGACCUUACAUUGCGUUAGCCACAAAAGUUGGCAAAACAAGCAAUGUUUGUUAAUAAGGUCCAAUAUUGAGUAGAUUUUGUCACCUAACCUUUUCAAUAAAUUUUCGAGAGAAACUUGACUACCCUGAUUUUGAUUUGUAUGAAUAAGGAGACAUGUUUCUCUGCAGACAACUGUACAUAGGAAGUUAUAAAAAAACUACCUCCAGUGGUAACUACAAAUUACAAAGAAAAAGUGUAGCCUCUACUGUAAACAUAUUCUUUUUUAUAUGUUUUCUAUGACUGCAAAUGAUUCAAAUCUGGGUCAAUAUUAUGUCAAACUGAUCCUGAAUUUUCUAAUCAUGAUGAAUUAAAUUAUAUACAUUUUGGUGCACUUCAUUGCAAUAUCACAUUCUGGCCAAAAUUCAGAAUUUGGUAAUAUGUUUGAAGGCUAGACUAGCACAAAUUAUUAUAAGUAAUGUGAUAAUAAGUAAGGUAUAGGGUAAGGACUGAUUUAGCUUAAGUAUUUAAAAAUAAAUUACCUCAAGUGAAAUUUUGUU